CACGGCAAUACAGUUAGUAUAACAUAAAUUUUAUCCUGUCGAGAUGCCCCGUAAAGUUAAUGAAAUGCAUUAACAUUCUCUGGUAAAGUGUACACAAAAAUAUGUAUAAAACCAGAAAACAUUAAUGGACAAUAGUAAACCAGAGAACAUAAAACAAUCUCUGAGUAAAGCAAGUAAUUCAUGAUGGUUAAUGAAAGUUUGAUUAGAACUUAGCAUUAUUUUAAAACCUAUAAUUUACUUAUGGGUAUUAAUAAUAAGUGGAUUUUAUAUUGAUGUGGAUGUAAACGGAGGAAGAUAAACCCUCUUAUGUGAAUAUUGUUGUAUGAACCACGGUAUACAUUUAUAUCGCUACUCCCGCUGUGCCAAGGUGUGAAUUACUUUGAAUGUAGUGGGUGUUAAGCCACCUUCAGCAAUGGAGAUACCAUAAAGAUCUCUUUAGCACGAUUGCAAAAUAAAUGAGCUUACAUAUGUAGUUACAUAUAUACACAUUUAAGGAAAUGAAUAUAUACAAUGCGUCAAUUACCUGGGUGUCGGGAUCUAAAUCAUUUUGGAAGCUGUAAAAAUACUUAUAUACAUACAUGUUUAGAAAUGGCCAACAGUGAAGCUUGUGUAAACAAUCUGUGGCUAUUGCUUUUAUGGGCGCAUACAUGCGUAUGCAGGCAAGAUGUUUAAUUAUUUGAAGCAAACAAUGGCUGUUUGGUAUACAUAACGUGCGUGUAUUUACAUAUGUGGAAUGGCACAAUAAAAAAAUAAAAAUACAGAAAGUUACGAGUUCUUAAUAUUCGGAAUGAAUGAAAUGGAAAUGUGCUUGAAACAAAAAUGACUACCUUUUUCUGAGGAGGCAUAAGCUGUACAAAUUUAUACUCUAUGUGUUGCAGUGGUAAACUUAUUUUUCCUGCUGGCUUUGUUCAUAUUUAUGCAUGUUGCAUUAACAUAACAUGAAACUUGCAAUAAAAUAAUUCAGUUGAUCUGUUUUAUGAGAAUUGUAAUUUAGUUAGAAAUAUAGACGUCAACUUCAGGUAAACGAAAUAUAGAAGGUGUUCUCAGAGUUUUGUAUUAAGCCUGGAAGAUAAACUCGAAUAUUAGCAAUAAGAAGUUGAGUAGAUUAUGUCGAGUUUUAUGAGCGAAAGUGGAACAUCUGCUGAAUUACAACUUGGUAGCAGAGGAGUGGCUGUAGUAUCUGUAACAUCGACGGCAGCAGUGGCUGCAACUGCGUUUGUGGGGGCUUCAAAUCAAAUGAACUCUAAAAACCCAAUUAUGCAACGGGACAAGUCCGAGACACCUGCAAAUAGCUGUCCUAACGACAUGGUUAGUACAAAUUCUGCUAUCGAAGAAGAAAACCGAUUUAGCGAUACCAGAGGGGGGAUAAAUCUAUCAUUAAUGCAAAACUCGCCCCCACCCCAUAGUUACCGACAUUCGCGUGCCUAUCGUCAUUUUAAAAAUCCACCACAACCACAUAUGUGUAUUCGCACAACCUCAGAAUCAGGUGAAGAACUAUUUAUUAAUGUACUUAGUUGGACGAGAAUAGUGAUACCACAAGAGCCUACCGACCCUAUACCAUUAUAUGGAGGAAUGAGGGUCCCUCCAGGAAGUCCUCGAAGCCCGCCUAUUGUUUUUGCUGUUAUGGCAAAUCCCGAAGUUUUAAAGGAUUCUGGACGUCAUAGCAAAGAUCCAGAGGAACGCAGAGCUAUGGUUGAAUUAAUGUGUGAUUUUGUAGAAGCAAUGAAUCCUGGUCUUAAAUUAGUAAGGAACGCCAUUAUUCUAAAGGAUAGGGAUAUAUCUGGAGAACUAAAAGAUGUCUGGAGUGCGGUGCAAGCUCAAAGAGAUCGAGAAAGGGAGGAGCAAAUUAUACAACAACGACAGCAGCAUCAUUUUCACAGCAUCACCACUCAACAGAUGUUUCCAAGGUCUACUGAAGCUGUACGAAUUUCGGAACAAAAACAAAUCAAUACAGUAUGUACAGAAAAAUCGGAUAAACUUUUGUUGGGUAGUUUAGCUGAAAAAUCCUUAAAUAAUAAAACUGUUUCUGUGCAGUCAGAUAGUACAAAUGCAUCUGCAGCAGGUGAUUUCACCGUACAUAUAAAGAACACUGUAAAAUUAAAACAACCUCAAGAAACGUAUGAAGUAAGUGCUAAUACCGCAAGUGGUGGUGAUGAUGAGAUUACUAUUUUAAGUGACGGAAAUGAUCAAACUGAUGCCACUAAUAAAUUAUCUGUCACAACCGAUACUUGCGAUAAUAGAGAAGUAUCUGCCAAAACUCUUUCUGGCCCUCAACUUAUUAUCGGAGAAGAAAAAAGUAAAAGUAAAGGUGUCGAACAUAUUGAUAGUCCUUCGCCUUUAUCAUCUAGCACAAUACUCACAAUAGAAACUCCCGCUAUAAAUAACAUAGGUACAAGUUCAGGACUUACAACUUCCAAUCAUAUAAAAAUGAAUACAACGGGUUUUCCCGCAGUAUCCGCAUCAACUAUUACUAAAAAAGAUAAAUUAGUUGGGUUUUUACCUAACGGAUGCAUAUUCCCACGUUUCAAGAACUAUAAAAACAAAGAAAAAGAUAAAGAUAAAGAAAGCAAAUCGAAAGAUAAAACUUUACUCAAUGCUUUGAAAAAAAGCAAAGACAAAAAAGUCGCAAGUGUUGAGAAUUGUGAGAAAUCUUCAGUGGACUGUGAUCCAAAGAUAAAUUACGAAAAAAACUGUAUUAGUUUAGAAAAUGAGAUACAACAUUUGGAUCUCAAUAAAAUCGAAACAACCGCAAGUGGUGACAACAUGUAUGCUAAGUUGAAAAUCGCUGCUACUUCGGCGUCAGCAAAAUAGAUAGAAUUAUUCUCUUGUAUUAUUUUCCAGUUAGAUGCACAUAGAUUUAUUAGGCAUAUAUAGUGACUCACACAAUUGAUCACACGGUAUCAAUACAUUCCUAAUCGAUGAACUCGAAAAUGUUUUGAUGUCCUAUAAAUGCUUUUAUUUUGUUUUUCAUUAAACAACUACAAAUAAAAGCAAUAAUGAAGCUAAAUAUAAAAUAUUUCAGUGUGAUCAAUUUUGUGACUUAAUAUUAACAGGGUUAAAAGUUAAUAUUAAACUUUCGUAUAAUCAACUUUUGCGUCUAUAAUGGCUCUGAUUAUUCUAGGCAUACUUAAACUGAAACUUGCCCAUGUUUCUGGAAUUUUUUUUGUAUACCCCACAGGUGCUCUGUUGAGUUAAGGGGCUAUACCAGUGUGACGCAUGAAAAAUUAGGCGAUUUUCGUGAAUUUUUUUAAAAGAAAGUACUAGAUUGAGUGUUUCGACGUUCUAUGGACGUAUUAAAGCAUAUUUUUAGCUAUAUUAAAUUAUUUUAUUCAGUUUUAAUUUGAAGUCGAUCGGUCAAUUUCUCGUUGAGUUAUGAUGUCAGCAAUUUUGAAAAAAGUCGUUUCGAGAAAACGACGAAAGAAUACGACCUUGCCGAAUUCACAGGAUAUUUUUGAAUAUAUGUAUAAACUAUCGAAAAAGCAAAAAAAAAAAUUUUUGAAAGCGUCACACUGGUAUAGCCCCUUAAGGUCCGGACCUUGUGGGGACCAAUCUAGAAUAAUAAUAUUAAUGUCCUGAGCAAACUCGAGGAGGGACUCUUUGCUUUGUGUUUCAGAUCAUUAUUCUGUUGAAAGACAAUGUCUGACACAUUUUCACCAACCAAUCCCCACACUAUAAUGAAGCCAAAAAAUUAAAAUUAUUCCAUUUUAUGAAAUAAUUGUUUUGCGAAAGUCUGAACUCUUCCAGCAAAAGUCUCAAAAUUGAUCUUAACUCUAAUUUUUGUGAGGACGUAAAAUAUAUUCGUAAAGGGAUCUCAAACACCAACUAAGAUAAAUAUUUAGUCGGGUUUGUGUUUGAUUUGCAAAUCUAAGACGGAAAGAAAAAAGCUUUUCGAUUGAAGCGUGAUCAUUUUCGUGUGUCACUGAAUAUGUCUAAGAAGUCCGAUUAUUUGUAUUGUAGGGACUCUAAUGUUAAACGGAAACAUUAGCCUUUAAUAAAACAAGUCGUGUUUUAAAACUAAACUAUCAAUUUAUUUUGUUUAGUUUUUAUUUGAUAUGAUUUUAUAAUGAAAAAAUUUGUUUACACAAUUAUUUAAGGAAACUCAUGGCCCAUUGCUGCAUUAAUUUUUAUAUAUAAAGUGUUUCCCCUAAAUGUAACAUUUGUAAUUUUAAUUACGUCAUUUAAACAUAAGUAAAAUUUUGGAUUGCUUUUUUAAAUUGAACGAAUAUAAAGUAAGCAUUUACAUAUUUCCAAAGUAUUAUGAAAUUAGGUUUAGAAGUAAAUUAACAUUCAUAUAUACAUAUGAGAUAUACAAAAACGAAGUAUCGAAUUUGAUCAUCUAUUUAUUUAUGUUUUUAAAACUGCUGGGUUUUCAUUAAACUUAUUAAAAGCAGUAAAGUUAACUGCUGUAAACCACCUAAUAUGAAAUUUCGAAAGUCUCAAUUUUGUAUUCUUGCAUCUAUCUAUACAUAUGUACAUAUGUAUGUAUACCUUCAAAAAUAACACACUAAAAUUUUAGACGAAUAUUUAUGAUUAUAUAUUACGAUUAUAAGUUUGCUGCUCGGAAACAAAUGAUCCGAUCACUAUCAAAUCCUCAUCUUCUAUUUAUAGGUCUCCAUCAACAAAUAGAAAAAAUACCGCAUUUCUCACUUCUUGUUAUUUUUCGAUUGUUGGUCAUUGUAAACACAAUAUGUUGAAUCAUUGUAGCGAGGAGACUUUUGUUUGUACAUACAUACAUAUAUAUUUUUUUUCUUCUAAAACUUUUCUGCAUUUUCUUAAAAAAGCAAUAAUACGAGUAUACCCUUAGAAUUUUAAAACAAUUUAUAAGGUAUUUUUUUUAAUUCCCAAAAGUCGCUUUUUUAAGCUGUCAGACUAGGUGUACCCCUUAAUUAUUUUAAAUGCUUCUUACAAAAUAUAUAAUGAACAUAACUAGCCGUUUUUGCAUAUUUUCUUUUUUUUUUUUUAGAUAUUUUUGCAUUUGUGUUAUUUUAGUAUAAAACUAAAUGAAUGAAAAAAUGUCACAAAAUUUCAAUAAUGAAUAAAAGGUAACAAAACUAUUACGUUGUAUAUGAACUGAUAUUUUAAGAUCUAAAUUUUAAAUGAGAACAGUAAGACUCUAUAUUCAUUGAAACUAAGGCGAUUAAUGAUACCUCGGAACAAAUUCAAACAAAUAAGUGUUUUUUUUCAAAUACAUAUGGCACAGACAGUUCCUUUUCCAAAAGUGGGAAUUGUCAUAAGAAUAAUAAUUAUGGUGUCUACAAGUUUUACAACUUUAUUAUUUUCCAAUUGAGGAUUACCACAUUGAGCUAGAAUUGUAGUACAGUAAUUUGUAUGUCGCAGAAGAAUCACAAUUAUUUCAGUAAAUUAUUGGAUAAUAUGUCUUAUAUCCAACUCAAGAGUAAUAACUUAAAAUAUCCUUUUCUAUACACAUACAUAUGGCCUCGGCUAUGAGUCCUGCAAAUUAUGCCUACUCGUACACCAUAUGUACUUGGGGGGGAAAUUAUUGUGCAACCGAAAUAUGUAAAUGUAAGUAGACUUUCCUAUAGAAGCCGAAACGACUUUUCCGAUGAAAAUUAUUUGAAUGUACAUACAGUUAUACAAUAUAAAUUUAAUUACAUUAGUGUUUUGGUGCCCUAUUACACUGCCCUGGUAUAGAAUGGAUACCUACAUACAUAAGUAUAUCUAUCAUAACUGCCAUGAGGAGAAUAUGACUGCUGUGUUUAAUAAUUUGUAUCAGUUUGAUUGAAAAAAAUUAAUUAUAUGCGCAUACAUAUGAGUGUAUAAAUGCAAAUACUCCACUUUUGUCUUGGCAUAAAUUAUUUGGCUACGUAUUACAAUUGAAUUGUGAUUUUUUAAAGUAAAGUAAAGUUCUCAAUUCUUUAAUCCAUUAUAUUUAACUAAAUAUAAGGAAAUAUAUAAUUAAAAAUUUAAAAUUAAUAACUAGUUAAAUUAAAAUACUUAGUAAGUUAUUAUACGUAUACCCCACGAAAGAUGGGGGCUAGCUGUAAGUGUGAAUGAUUAAGGUAAUUAUAAUUUAUUAUAACGUUAUAAGGAUGUAAAGUAACAUAAAAACGAUAAGAUAUACAAUGUGAAAUAGCAAUAUAUAAUUUUGUAAAUUUGUAACUUUAUAUAAAAAUUGAUAUAUACAUAAUAAAGAAACUUGACUUUUAUAUUUUCAAGUAUAAAUAAUAGCAAUUACAACAAACAGUAAAUUUACCAAUUGAAUACACCAAUAUAAAUACAAUAUAA